AUGGCAAAGACGAUUGAGGAAACGUACCAGAAGAAGACGCCAAAGGAGCACAUUCUGCUGCGACCAGAUACGUACAUUGGGUCAGUUGAGAUGGAUACACAGGCGAUGUUUGUCUGGGACAGUGGUCAAUCCAAGAUUGUUCAGAAGCAGGUAUCAUUUGUGCCAGGCCUGUACAAAAUAUUUGACGAAAUUCUCGUUAAUGCAGCUGAUAACAAACAAAGAGAUCCAGCUAUGAAUUACAUAAGAGUGGAAAUAGAUGGAGACAGUGUAUCAAUAAAGAACAAUGGAAAGGGAAUACCAAUUGAGAUCCAUAAGAAGGAGGGUGUCCAUGUUCCUGAAUUGAUAUUUGGUCAUUUGUUGACUUCAAGCAACUACGAUGACAAGGAGAAGAAGGUGACUGGUGGACGCAAUGGAUACGGUGCAAAGCUGUGUAACAUCUUCAGCAAGCAAUUUGUGGUAGAAACAGCAUCAAUGGGACAGAAAUAUACGCAGCUAUUUGAAAACAACAUGUCCAGAAUAAAUCCACCAGAAAUAACACCGUAUGGGGGAAAAGACUACACAAAAAUAACAUUUGUGCCUGAUUACAAGAGAUUUGGGAUGGUUGGGCUGGAUGAAGAGAUUAAGAGCAUCUUUGUGAAGAGGGUGUAUGAUUUGUGUGCAUCGGUGAAAGGAAUCAAAGUCUAUUUGAAUGGAAAUAAGAUUAAUAUCAGUGGAUUAAAGGAAUAUGCACGAUUAUAUGUUCCAGAUGGAACUAAGAUGGUUGCAAGGGAGAUCAGUGAACGAUGGGAGUUGGUUUGUGCAGCAGCAGAUGAUCAAUUCACACAGGUUUCAUUUGUGAAUUCGAUUUGUACUACAAAAGGUGGAACACACGUGAAUCACGUUGUGGAUCAGUUGAUGGAGCCACUGAUGGCUGCAGCAAAGAAGAAGGAUAAGACACUCGUUCUGAAGCCGUUGGGAAUCAAGAACUCGCUGUUUCUGUUCGUAAACUGCCUUGUUGAUAAUCCAGCAUUUGAUUCACAAACUAAGGAGAAUUUGACACUGAAAGUGUCCAAAUUUGGAUCAAAAUGCACGCCAGCUGAGGAGUUUGCGAAGGAGAUCAUCAAGCAGACUGACGUGAUAGAGAGGAUUGUUGCAUUCUCAAGAGCAAAACAGGCGUCUCUUCUCAAAAAGACGGAUGGAACAAAAACGACCAAACUGUCUGGGAUACCAAAACUGGAGGAUGCGAACAAUGCUGGAACAAAGAAGAGUUCCCGAUGCACGUUGAUUCUGACGGAAGGAGAUUCCGCUAAGACACUCGCAGUUGCUGGUCUCAGCAUCGUAGGCCGUGACAAUUACGGGGUGUUUCCACUCAGGGGUAAAUUGCUUAAUGUGCGUGAAGCCACAAACAAACAAAUUAUGGAGAAUGCAGAAAUAAGCGCAUUGAAGAAGAUACUGGGAUUGCAGCACGGAAAGACGUACAGUGACAUAGACAGUCUGCGAUAUGGAAAGCUGAUGAUAAUGACUGAUCAGGAUUUUGAUGGAUCACACAUCAAGGGCCUCAUCAUCAACUUUAUGGACCAUCUCUUUCCGUCUCUACUGAAAAUCAAUGGCUUUCUACAGGAAUUCAUUACGCCCAUUGUCAGGUGCAGUCGCAAGAAGGAGCGACACGACUUCUUCACUGUUCCAGAAUACGAGGAAUUCAAAAGACGAAUUGAUGAAAAUAAUGAAACAGGUUGGACCAUCAAGUACUACAAGGGACUUGGUACGUCUACAACAGCAGAUGCUAAGGAGUAUUUCAGCAAUCUCAAGCUCCAUGUCAAAACAUUCAACUCAGUUUGUGACACGGAUAAAACGAAUAUCGAUCUGGCAUUCAACAAAAAGAAGGCGGAUUUGAGAAAGAGCUGGCUCGCUGAUUUCACGCCUGGAACAUUCCUGGACCAGCGAGCCAGUGACAUUUCUGUCUCUGACUUCGUGAACAAGGAGCUGAUUCUCUUUUCAAUGGCCGAUAACAUCAGAUCAAUUCCAUCAGUGAUUGAUGGACUGAAGCCAGGACAGAGAAAGGUGCUCUUUUCGUGUUUCAAGAGGAAUCUACGAUCUGAGAUCAAAGUGGCCCAACUUGUUGGAUACGUGUCAGAGCAUUCUGCGUAUCAUCACGGAGAGGCAUCGCUUUCUGCUACGAUCGUGAAUCUCGCCCACGACUUCAUUGGAUCCAACAACAUCAAUUUGCUGCUUCCACUGGGUCAAUUUGGAUCAAGGCUUCUUGGUGGAAAGGAUUCAGCUUCCCCCCGAUACAUUUUCACCAACCUGAAUCCACUGGUCAGGAAACUGUUCAUUGAACACGAUACGCCUCUUUUGACUGAACAGACUGAUGAUAACAUGAAGAUUGAACCUGUUUAUUACGCGCCAAUCAUUCCAAUGGUUCUUGUAAAUGGAGCUGAUGGAAUUGGAACAGGAUGGGCCACAUCAAUUCCAAAUUACAACCCAAUUGAAAUCGUCAGAAACAUCAGGCGACUGUUGAGGAACGAGGAACCAGUUGAAAUGGUGCCAUUUUAUCGCAAUUUCACUGGGAAAAUUGUAGGCGGAAUUGAUGGCCGAUACGACGUGAUGGGAAAAGCCUACGAAGUUGAUAACGGCAAGCAGAUCAACGUGACUGAGCUACCUGUUGGAAUGUGGACACAGACAUUCAAGGAGUAUCUUGAUUCGUGCAUUCUUAAGAAUGAUAUCAAGUCAUUCAGAGACUAUUCCACAGAUAGAUCAGUUAAUAUUCUGAUUCAGCAGAAUAGUGAAAUCUGUUCGAAGUUGGUUACGUCAAUUUCUACUACAAACAUGGUCUGUUUUGAUAGCAAUGGUAGAAUCAAGAAGUAUAGAAACACAUCUGAGAUACUACGUGAAUUCUAUGACGUAAGAUUGGACUUGUAUCACAAGAGAAAAGAACAUCGAAUGGAAAUCAUCAAACAGGAAUUGUUGAAGUUGAUGAAUAGAGUCAGAUUCAUCAGGAAGGUGGUAGAUGGGACACUGAUCGUGGCAAGAAGGGCGAAUGCUGAGUUAGUGGCUGAAUUGACUCGAUUGAAUUUCGCACCAUUUGAUAAUUUCGAAUACCUGCUUGGAAUGAAGAUCAGUUCAUUAAUGAAAGAGAAGAUUGAGAGUCUACAGCGUGAACACGACACAAAGAAGGGAGAAUACGAGGAGUUGGAGAAGAAGACGCCUAGGAAGCUGUGGGAGGAUGAUUUGGAUGGAUUUGAGGAAGAAUACAAGAAGAUGGCUGAUAAAGAGGCAGCGGAGAUCAAGAUGGAUAAGAAGCAUGGGAAGAUCAAAAUAACAGGAGAGAAGGAUUUGGGAGCAUUGAAGAGAAUGAGAAAUGCGAGUCGGGAGAAGUUGAAGAAGACGAGCGAUGAGACACAGGCAAAAAAGAAGAAAAUGAGCAGUAGCGAGAAGCUGGUAGCAAAGAAGAAGAUUGAGAAGAAGAUCACGAAGAUGAAGGUUGAGAGCAAGGGAGACGUCUGUGAAACUGAUAGCGAGGAUGCACCUUGGAAAAAGUAUCAGUAG